UUUGGAUUGCACAAGAAAUAUUCUGUUAAAUAAAGAAAAUUUUGUAGUGUUUUAAAAACGCGAUAGGAAAUAAUAGUAAAAUAUAAGCUUCGCAAUUAAAGGUUAAAGUGCAAACAAAAAGGAAAAUGUCAAGAAAAACCGUUUCGCUGUUUGGGCUUACAAAUCGUUAUGUCGCCGCAUUGAAAAGUCGGAACGUGUUGGGCGCAAGUACUCCAGCGUUGCGUUUCUACAGCUCGGAAAAUUCAGCACAAAAACCACAACAGUCAUCUGACUCGGAUGGCACUAACCAAUUAGAAAAUGCUGUGGCAGAAGCGACAAAGAAACUCUCAGAAGAACUUGAAGUGUUGACUAAGGAAGUGAAUGAAAUUAAGGAAAAGAAUGACGAACUAUUAGAUAAAUAUAAACGUUCAUUGGCAGAUAGCGAAAAUCUGCGUACCCGUCUGACGAAACAAAUAGCCGACGCAAAAGUUUUUGGAAUACAAAGUUUUUGUAAGGAUCUGCUUGAGGUGGCAGAUAUUUUGGGACAUGCCACCGAAGCUGUGCCGAAAGAAGAGCUCAACGAUAAUAAUCCACACUUGAAGAAUUUGUACGAAGGUUUAGUGAUGACCAAAGCUUCACUCUUACAAGUGUUCAAACGUCACGGUUUAGAACCAAUCAAUCCACUUAACGAAAAAUUCAAUCCAAAUAUGCAUGAAGCGCUAUUCGAAAAGGAUGAUCCCAACGUUGAGCCCAGCACUAUUGUUGUUGUGACCAAACUGGGUUACAAAUUGCAUGAACGUUGUAUACGACCGGCGCUAGUCGGUGUUUCAAAGUCAUGAGUGAACUGCGGCGAAGAACCAGAAUUGCAAGCUUAACUGACACUGCAGUUCCUGAAGACUAGUACGCCGUAAUGAAUUCUUAUUAAUGGGUUUUCUGUAUAAUAACUUCUGUAUAGUUUGAACAAAUUACUUUCCAUCUACCUACGUCACGAUAUUUUCUGUUUGCACAAAAAAUUGGAUCUUCGUAACGUCUAAUUGUUUUAUAUAAGUGUUCGGAGCAAUGCAGUAUGUAUUUCAAACUCUGCUAUUACUCUUAGCUUUUAUAUAAUGCAAUUAUUGUUAAACUCUGAACUGCUUUGAUUUCUUUCAACCACCAUGAAUUUCUAUAAAUCUAAACGAAAAAGUAAUGAAAUUUAACUUAUGUCUCUAUUGACUUUUUCGUGACUCGAGAAUAUUUUGCUUGAAUUGGCAAAAUUAACAA